AUGAAACGAAAUACAUCCAUGUUUCCCAAGCUUCCGAUCAUGAUUCUGAUCAGCUUCGUCUCAUUUACUUCUCUUCUUGUACCUUCCUUCUCUACUAGUACAAAUCUGGAUACCAUUUGCACCUGUUUAAUCAAUUACAAUGUCAGUAACUUCUCUGUUUACCCAACAAGUGUUGAUUCUGCAGCUAGUAAUUACUUUAACUUGCUUGACUUCUCCAUUCAGAAUCUCCGAUUUGCGGCAUCCUUUAUGCCGAAACCAACAGUCAUUAUCGUACCAGAAAGCAAGGAGCAGCUCGUGAGCAGUGUUCGGUGUAGCAGACGAGGUUCAUAUGAAAUCAGAGUAAGGUGCGGAGGACACAGUUAUGAAGGGACUUCAUCAGUUUCCGUAGAUGGUUCCCCGUUUGUGAUCAUUGACUUGAUGAAAUUAGACGGUGUUUCAGUCGAUUUGGAUUCAGGAACGGGUUGGGUGCAGGGCGGUGCAACACUUGGCCAGACUUAUUAUGCCAUUUCCCAGGCCAGCAACGUUCACGGCUUUGCAGCAGGUUCUUGCCCAACUGUGGGCGUUGGUGGGCACAUUUCGGGGGGUGGUUUUGGAUUUUUAUCUAGAAAAUAUGGACUUGCGGCUGAUAAUGUGGUGGAUGCUCUUCUUGUUGAUGCGCAAGGACGGCUAUUAGACCGCAAAGCCAUGGGAGAAGAUGUUUUUUGGGCCAUCAGAGGUGGUGGCGGUGGAAUAUGGGGAAUCAUCUAUGCCUGGAAAAUCCGAUUGCUCAAAGUACCCAAGACAGUCACUAGUUUCAUAGUCUCUAGGUCUGGCUCCAAAAGUUACGUGUCCCAACUAGUUCACAAAUGGCAACUAGUUGCACCAAAGUUGGACGAUGAAUUUUACCUAUCCGUCUCUGUUAGUGGAGGGAAAACUCCUGAAAUAAAUACACAAUUCAACGGAUUUCACUUAGGUCCAAGAACUGAAGCCAUUUCCAUCUUGAAUGAGGCCUUUCCGGAGUUGGGCGUUCUGAAACAUGACUGCAAAGAAAUGAGUUGGAUUGAGUCCACACUUUUCUUUUCCGACUUAGAUAACGCUGCAAACUCCUCUUACGUCUCGCUUUUGAAAGAACGCUACUUUGAGAAAAAAACUUACUUUAAAGCCAAAUCAGACUAUGUUGAGACCCCAAUUUCAAUGGGUGGAAUAAUGGCAACUCUUGAUGUACUUGAGAAAGAGCCCAAGGGACUCAUUAUACUGGACCCUUACGGUGGAGCCAUGCAGAGGAUUAGUGAGGAAGCUAUUGCAUUCCCUCAUAGAAAGGGUAACCUUUUCGGAAUUCAAUAUCUAGUACAGUGGAAAGAAAAGGAUAAUAUUGGCAAGAGCAAUGCGUACAUAGAGUGGAUAAGGGAGUUUUACAAUACAAUGGCACCCUUUGUUUCAAGCGCGCCUAGAGCAGCUUAUGUCAACUACAUGGAUCUGGACCUUGGAAUGAUGGACUACUUAUUGCUAAAUACUAGUAAUACGAAUCAUGCAGUGGAGAGAGCUAGGGUCUGGGGUGAAAAGUAUUUCUUGAAUAACUAUGAUAGGUUGGUAAAAGCUAAGACAACAAUUGACCCACUAAAUGUUUUUCGACAUCAACAGGGCAUCCCUCCCAUACUCACCUAA